UCGCCUGUGCGCCCUUUCUGACAAUCCUUUGCGUCAUACACUCGCCGAUACCGCCAACCGGGAUUUGCGUGCCCUCGCCUUCGAUCCCCUUCCAUCCCGUCAAUCACUUCUUUCUCCCCAUCGCCUUCGUCAUGUUCUCCGCUGGACGUCGAAGAAUACUUGAUGGACUCAAUCGGAGGUACAUCUACGGCCGUCUGCCACUGCUUCACGCCAUAAUCUUCCUCAUCGAAAUGGCGGCAGCAAUGCGCCUCGCGGCCAAGUUCAACUCCUACUAUGCGGAGAAGCCGGUCCUGACUACUAUGGUGACCAAUGCGAUCCUUGGUGGAAUCGCAGAUACGGUCGCACAGUUGAUUACAGCUUUCAAGGCUCAUGCAGGACACAGGCAUACCAGUAGUAGCGAUCUCAUCUCGAUUGAGAUCCAUGAGCUGGACAAAGAGAAGCCACCUGCUCUUGGGGAGCUGGGCCAUGCGAGACAUAUGCCCCCUCCCUUUGACUUUGAACGCCUAACUCGCUUCAUGUCGUACGGCUUUUUCAUGGCCCCAGUUCAAUUCCAGUGGUUCGGCUUCUUGUCCAGGGCAUUCCCUCUCACCAAGAGGAACCCGUCAAUCCCGGCGCUGAAGCGAGUUGUCGUGGAUCAGCUCAUGUUUGCUCCUUUUGGAUUGGCGUGCUUCUUUUCAUUCAUGACCGUUGCCGAGGGAGGGGGAAGGAGAGCAUUGACGCGCAAGUUCCAAGAUGUUUAUCUUCCAACUCUCAAGGCCAAUUAUGUUCUUUGGCCCGCCGUUCAAAUCCUCAACUUCCGGGUUGUUCCUAUCCAAUUCCAGAUUCCCUUCGUGUCCUCUGUCGGUAUUGCCUGGACUGCGUAUCUGUCGUUGACCAACUCCUCGGAGGACGAGUAAGGAUAGACUAGGGCCCAUAUACUGGUACUCGCAAGGUUUUUGGUCGCUUUCGUUCUCAAUUGUCUGUCAUUUCUCUUUUGCUGCGUCAUUGUAUGCUUA